UGUAAUUGUUGGCAAAAUUAAUAGCUGAACUUUCAGUUUUAGUUUGAAAUCCUUUGCGUAUUAAUUUGGGGGACAACAACAAUAUUAUUACAACUGCCAAAAAAGAGGCGUACGACUUCAACAGAAGGUAGAGUCGGGACAACAACACAUCGCCGGGCGUUAAAACGAAGGAUGGAGAUCUGGCUGAGCCCCAAACACCGACUCCCCUGCUGCAAGCUCCGGUAGUGUCUCGGGCAAAAUGCAUUGUAUUUACCGAGCAACCAUCCAAAUAACACAGUCUCCGCACGAGAGCGAAAACCCGGACCGCGGCGAAGUGUUCACGCGCGUUUGACAGUAAUUGGGAGUCAUCGAUGACUUCUUUAGCAAAGACCUACUGAUGGAAUAACGUGACCUGUUACCUGCGCGAGGAAACCUUACAACGUCAGUUUUGUCACUCGAUUCCCUUCCCGACAGACUGUAAGGAAUGAUUGGGAUACAGAGACGAAGGUUGUUUGGUGUUCUUUCAUUACCGAUAUUUGUGGCAGUGAUGUGCUGUGUUCAAAGCGCCAACGAACCAGGAAAUAUGUCUUUUGUCAAGGAGACAGUAGACAAGCUGUUGAAGGGGUACGACAUUCGUCUUCGACCUGACUUUGGAGGCGCACCGGUGGCGGUUGGGAUGAGCAUCGACGUUGCGAGCAUAGACAUGGUGUCUGAGGUCAACAUGGACUACACGUUGACCAUGUAUUUCCAGCAGUACUGGAGGGACAAGCGACUAGCAUAUUCUGGGAUCCCUCUUAAUCUCACCCUGGAUAACAGGGUAGCCGACCAGCUCUGGGUUCCUGACACAUAUUUCCUAAAUGAUAAGAAGUCAUUCGUCCACGGUGUCACGGUGAAGAACCGAAUGAUCCGUCUGCACCCAGAUGGCACGGUUCUUUAUGGAUUAAGAAUCACCACCACUGCUGCCUGCAUGAUGGAUCUGAGAAGAUAUCCAUUAGAUGAACAGAACUGCACUCUGGAGAUAGAGAGUUAUGGAUACACGACAGAUGAUAUCGAGUUUUACUGGAAGGGUGGAGAAAAUGCAGUGACUGGUGUGGCACGAAUCGAGCUCCCACAGUUCUCCAUCGUGGACUACAAACUCGUCUCCAGGAAUGUCGUCUUUUCCACAGGUGCCUAUCCUCGACUGUCUCUGAGCUUCAAGCUAAAGAGAAACAUUGGUUACUUCAUCUUACAGACCUACAUGCCCUCCAUCCUGAUCACCAUCUUGUCCUGGGUAUCCUUCUGGAUUAACUAUGAUGCCUCGGCAGCCAGAGUGGCAUUAGGUAUCACCACUGUGCUGACCAUGACCACCAUCAACACCCAUCUGAGAGAAACACUUCCAAAGAUCCCAUACGUCAAGGCCAUAGACAUGUAUCUGAUGGGCUGCUUCGUCUUUGUCUUCUUGGCUCUUCUGGAAUAUGCUUUUGUCAACUACAUUUUCUUUGGCCGAGGCCCUCAGAUGCAGAAGAAACUGGCCGAGAAAGCGGAUAAAGCCAAUAACGACCGUAACAAAUAUGACGGCAACAAGCCUGUUCAGGAGGGAGGCAACUGCAAGCCCACAACCGUCAAACAAUCCAAUCAGGUACAAGGUCAUCGUCAUUCACGUGGGGUGGACUCGCAGGGAAAUAUUCUUUUGACCACCCUUGAGAUCCACAACGAGGUGGCCGGCAACGAGAUCACCACCAGCGUCACCGAAGCCCGAAACUCCACCUCAAUGGUGUUCGAUAACUCAGGAAUCCAAUAUCGAAAACAGAGCACAGCACGGCCCGAGACGGGCCGUCACAGUCUGGACAGGAACGCGCAGUCGAAGAAGCCGCGGCUGCGCAGGCGUUCUUCCCAGCUCAAAAUCAAAAUUCCUGACCUCACAGACGUGAACGCCAUCGAUCGAUGGUCACGGAUAAUAUUUCCCUCCGCGUUCUCUCUUUUCAACUUGAUCUACUGGCUCUACUACGUGAAUUAGGCCUCAGAUGUCAAUGGGUUUUCCCCCUUCAAAGUUAUUUUUCAUGUUGCCAAGUAGUAAAUGGAGACUUUUUUCGCUCCGACCAAGGGACGUACUUCUACGCAAUAUAAAUAUAUCAAGGUUUUUCUACAUGUAGACCCUUACGGUGUUGAUAAGGGUCCAGAGCAAAUACUACCUGCACUUAAAGGGGCUAUCUCAUUAUAUGCCCAUGCAACGUACUCAAACAUUCCCAUUCCCAUAUUCGCAAAUUUUCUAAAGACUAUUUCUGUAUAUAGAUAUUGCAAUUUUUGAAGCCACAGGACUUCCGCAUGAUGCACUGUUUUUGAAAUCUGGAUAUAAAGUCAUGAAUUGCUGUAUGUAGCCCCGAUCGGAGGAUGCUGUUUGCGAAUGCCAAUAAAUCUUUUUUUUUGUUGUUGUUGUUGGUGUUGGAGCACAGGAGAUUGAUAUUAAACGAAUAUCGCAUUAUAAUGUUAUUUCAAAUGAAUGUGGAACGCAAUAUAAUGAGAACUGCAGGUCAGAUUACAUCUUCACUUUGCUACGUGCACAUCAGCCGUACCAAACUUUACACUUUGCUAUUAUGAUCUUAUUUAAACAAAGUUUGUAUAUAAUCGUGUUAUGAUAUGCUUUUGGAGCGUGAUUUCCAUCUGCCUUGGGUUGAUAUGAUUAUAUUCCACUUUUCACUUUUCUUUUAAGUGCUAUGGUAUAUGUAAGAUAAGAUUAUCUCGUUUCAAGGAUGUCAAAAAGGCAAAAA